AUGCCGCCGGAGACCCUGGCAACGCAGAAGCGGAGGCAUCAGGGACUCGUGUCGCGGGUGUCGAAAGUGGAAGAGCAUCUUCGGCGGCCGCGAGGACGUCGAGAAGCUGCUGCAGGCCGCCAGUCCGCACACAACGUCCUCGUCCUCGCCCUCGCCACCGCGCUCGAGAUUGUUGCUGCUGGAUAUGCCAUCAUGACUACGAGAUCGCCGGACAUCAGCUGGCAGAUGAGGGCACUCAGGGUGCUGCCGAUGUUCUUGGUUCCUGCUCGAGCUGCUCUCAUCUACUCGACCAUUACAAGGCUCACCAAAAUUCGGAAGGCAUCUGACUGA